AUGAGUUCAUCGAUAUUAUUCAAAAGAAUUUUAGUUACUCUCUUCGUAUGUUUGAGUAUACAAGUUAUCAAUUGUAAAGUUUAUCAUCGUCGUCAUCGUCGAGAGAUUAUUUAUAAUAAUUAUGGUGCAUAUAGUUCUCAAUCAGAUCUGGACAUCUCUAAUGGAAUAAAUCAUAAUAAUAAUUAUGGAGGAAAUGGAUUGAUUUUUAAUGAAAAAGUUUAUCAAUAUCCAACACCAGUCAAUGUAAUGAAUGGAGGUUCUUAUGAUUCUCAACGAUAUGAUACAUAUCCAGAUAGAAAUCGGGAUUAUUAUCGUAAGAAUAAAAUAAAUUUUUUCUUUUAG